AUCUCUCUCUCUCUCUCUCUCUCUCUCUCUCUCUCUCUCUCUCUCUCUAGGGUUAUCGCUCCUCUCUCCCAGUGAUUUCCAUGGGUGAUGAUGAUGAUCGGGAAACUUACUAUGCGAAGCGAUUCAAAGACGCGGAAACGAACGUCUUCUGGGAUGUGAAUGAUUGCGGAAUCCCCGAUGGUUAUAAAGCUGUUGGGGUUUCGAAUAACAUUAGAUCGGUCCUUACGGAAAUGAAUUAUCUUGGUCCGGUGACCAUCUAUGCUUAUGGUGAUAGGAAGCAGAUCGUGGAUAACCUUGAACCAACCGCAAUCGAGAAAACUCAAGACGAGAAGACAUCCAUCUAUGCGGAUGGGGACCAAAAAUCACCCGCAAUCGUGUUCAACCACACAACCGGAGAUAGAACGGAGAGACUUGAAUUGAUUUUAUUGGACAUGUUUGUCCAGGCAAUUGAAAAUCGUUCACGUGCAAAUUUCAUGCUAAUCGCGGGAGACAUCUCCCAAAACUUUGAGGUUUCAUUUGGUAUGAAUCGUUUGCAUAUGGCGGGUAACAAUAUUCUCUUGGCACAGCCUGAAGACGAACCAUCCCUGGAAACACUUCCUGGAGAUACUAAUAGUGUUUGGGAAAGCUUAUCAAUAGGCGAAUCCCGUAGAAUCAAAAGGAGAUACAAACCUUCCAAUCCUCGUGACUAUACUUGCCUAGGUGGUAAGAGAUACUACGGGUUCCUUCUUGUUGGUGCAUUGGUUGUGUUUACAUUUACUUUUGCGAGCCGAAGACGCAUUUAGUGGCUUCCUUUUGUUUUAUUUUGGCAUAAAAACUCUUUCCAGUAAACGUUUAAUGUUUUU